GCAGCUGCUAGUGUAAUAUUGAUUAAUGCUGAGAAGAGAAGGCUAAUAGAAGUGUUUCCAGACAACGUGAAGGAAGUAUGGAAAGAAUGGGAAGUAGAAGUGCUGAUUCUAGUAAGCCUCACGUUGCAGAUUGUGCUUAUUCUGUUUGGAAAGCGCAGGCAGUGUGUGGCGAGAUUAUGGAUCAGAUUGAUUCUAUGGACAGCUUACUUACUGGCAGAUUGGGUUGCUACUGUUGCAUUAGGUGUCAUCUCUCAGAAUACGUUGGAUAAAUGCCAACGAGCAAGUGUUGAUGACAACUUAAAGGAUGAGUUAAUGACGUUCUGGGCGCCAUUUAUGCUGCUGCAUCUUGGCGGUCCUGAUACUAUCACGGCUUAUUCAUUGGAGGAUAAUGAGCUGUGGUUAAGGCAUUUAGUAGGUCUGAUAAUCCAGAGUGGACUAGCAUUCUAUAUCUUACUUGUGUCCUUGCCAGGCUCUUCUUGGCUUCCAAUUCUAAGCUUAUUCAUCUUCAUGUCUGGUCUUAUCAAGUUCUGUGAGCGGACGUAUGCUCUCCACUCUGCAAAAACAAUGAAUCUCAGGGACUCAAUCCCGACACCCCCAGAUCCUGGACCAAAUUAUGCUAAAUUCAUGGAGGAAUUUACUUUGAAGAAAGCUGAGGGCUUCUACGUGAUAGCAGAUGAGGUUAAAGAAAUCCCAGUUCCAAUUGAUCAUUCUUACCACACUGGUAAAGAUAAAUUGCUGCUGAUAUCUGAAGCUUAUGAUCAGUUCCAGACUUUUAAACGCCUAUUUGUGGAUCUCAUCCUCAGCUUCCAGGACCGAGACAACAGCCAAUCUUACUUCCAGAAACUUACUCCAAAAGAAGCUUUUGAUGUGAUUGAGGCAGAGUUAGGAUUUGCAUAUGAUACCUUCUUUACCAAAGCACCCGUUAUUUAUACUCCUCUAGGCUGCAUUCUUCGUGUGGUUACUAUUUCUUGCACUCUUUUUAGCUUGAUUUUAUUUUCUUUAUGUAAGAAUAUAUCUAAAUACCACAUACUUGACCUAAUUCUCACUUAUCUGCUGCUGGUUGUGGCCUUUCUCCUGGAAAUAUAUGCAUUGAUUAUUUUGCUGAACUCAGACUGGAUAAAAAUUCGGCUAAGCAAAGGCAAACAGGACGGAAUAUUUCACCAGUUCCUCCUAAGCAAGCAGUGUCUGCAAAGAUCAAAUAAAACAAGGUGGUCCAAUUGCACACCCCAAUACAAUUUGCUGAGCUAUUGUCUUGAGUUCAAGCCUCUCCCGUUCCUCAGGUUCCAAAAACUCUUCAUGGUCGAUGAGCUCUUGGAAAAACACAAGUACAAGAGGUAUGUAGAAGUCUCCCCAGAGUUAAAGGAUCUGAUCUUUAACCAUUUCCAAAAGUUUGCAGGAGAAAGUAAUAACGAGCCUGAUCCUACGGCCUUAUACAGAAGGAGAGGCAGUAUUGCGCUUAAUGAAAAUGCCUGCCCCUCCCUAGUUUGGUCUACUGAGGUAGAAUUUGAUCAAAGCAUCCUUAUUUGGCACAUUGCUACUGAUCUAUGCUAUUACUUGGAAAAUAACAUUGUCGAUGGAAGUACUACUCAUUCCAUAGAAUCAAAAAGUAAGCAAUUAUCAGAUUAUAUGUUGUAUCUUUUAGUAGUGUGCCCCUUUAUGCUUCCAAUAGGAAUUGGGAUGAUCAGAUUUAGAGACACAUGUGCUGAAGCUAAAGAGUUUUUCAAAGAGAGGAAUCUGGAAAAAAAGACAUUAGCUAUAGCCUGUGGCAAGUUGCUCACAGUGAAUACUGAAGUUAAACCAGCCAAAGUGAAAGGGGAUAGGAGCAAGAGCGUGUUGUUCGAUGCGUGCAUACUUGCCAAAGCAUUGCAACAAAAGGGAAAGGAGCAGAAAUGGAAAGUCAUCAGUGAAGUAUGGGUGGAGAUGCUUGCUUAUGCUGCUACACAUUGCAGAGGGAACCAUCACGCCCAGCAGCUUCGUAAAGGAGGAGAGCUUCUUACUCAUGUCUGGCUUCUCAUGGCACAUCUUGGCAUCACAGAGCAAUUCCAGAUAUACAGAGGCCAUGCUAGAGCCAAGCUCAUCGUCAAGUAAGCACUCAGAUUCCUGUGCUGAUGAUACAGUUAAAUAAAUAAAAUUGUGUUCUCUCUAAUCGUUUAAGCUUUUAGUUGAUGUGACUUCACAAUUCAACAUGGUAUCAGAAUAGUGAUAUAGGCUAAGAAAACAAAGUUAAUAUUUAGCAUGUUCCCAAAAGCAAGAUGUUGAAUUCCAUUUAUUCUACUACUAAACAUAGUUUGUUGAAUUAUAA